AUUUUCUUUUCGAAUUUCUUUAAUUUUCGUCAAAUUCACACCCUCCACUGCCCCCCAUCCUCAGCUCAAACCUCUAUGGCUGGGCUCUCCGGCCGCUUCCCUUUCAAAUCUAUCUCAUCUCAAUCCUCCGCCACCGCCACUGCCACCACCUCCUCCUCCUCCUCUGCCACUCCCUUUCGAACCUCAAUUUUCCCUCUACCCUUCCCCUCCUCCAAAUCCAAUGCCGUCAGAUUCCGCCUUCACAGCUCCAACUCUCUGCGUCUCGUCUCCUCUCCAAUUCGUACUUCUGUAUUUGCUCGAUACGGUGGCGCUCCUCGAUCUUCAGGACCGACGGGUUCUAAGCGCUCUGAAGAUUCUCUUGCUCUCGAUGUUUCCUCCAUCAGGUCGAAUAAUGUGAGGCUUAUCGAUGAACAGCAGAAUAUGGUUGGAAUUGUGCCAAAGUCCCAGGCGAUUCAAAUGGCUGAGGAUGCCGAACUCGAUUUGGUUGUAUUAUCCCCUGAUGCAGAUCCUCCGGUUGUCAGAAUAAUGGAUUACAGUAAGUAUAGGUACGAUCUACAAAAGAAGAAACGAGAACAACAGAAGAAAAGUGCUGCAACUCGCAUGGAUUUGAAGGAGCUUAAAAUGGGUUAUAAAAUUGACCAACAUGAUUACUCUGUUCGUUUGAGAGCUGCAAAGAAGUUUUUGCAAGAUGGAGAUAAGGUUAAAGUUAUAGUGAACUUGAAGGGUCGUGAAAAUGAGUUCAGAAAAAUAGCGAUUGAGCUCGUCAAACGUUUCCAGGAAGAGCUUGGCGAGCUUGCAACUGAAGAGGCCAAAAACUUCAGAGACAGGAAUGUAUUUAUUGUUCUAGCUCCUAACAAGGCUGUUCUACAAAAGUCUCAAGAACCCCCAAAGAAAAAAGAUAAACCUGCUGCAGUUAAUGAAGUUUCGGCCGGUGUCGAAGCUCCGGAAGCAUCGAGCUUAAGCCAAAAAUAGAAGGGUUAGUCACAACAAUCUCAAUCUACUUCUAGCAUAUAGAGAUAUUUGAGAGAUUAAUGUAUAAUGUUCUGUUUAAUCUUAUGCACCAGAUUGUUGUUCAUCCUAUUUUUUUUAGAGGAAUGUUUAGAAAUCAGAUGUGCUACUCAUUCUUUUGAAAAGCAUCCAUAUCUCUGAGCUUACUUUUUAGUUUGCUCCAAA